AUGCGAGUGUAUUUAUCAAUAUUUACUUGUUGAGAUUAAGGUUAAUAACUGUGACUCUCUACGGAAGUAAAUAAUAUAAUAUCGUAUUAAGUUUAAUUAUCAUAUCGAUCAAUUUACGAAGAAAGCAUGCCGGGCUCAGUGGAACACCGGAAUGUUACACCAUUAAUAAAUUUUAUUCGAGAUGUUUGUCGAGGUCGUAAAAUCACACUGGCCCAUAGAUACGCUGAUGACCAAGCCAAGCGUACUCAACCUCCACCAAAUGUACCAGGUGGUCCAUACCACAAAACUUCGCAAAUUUACUAUUACACUCGAGAUGCAAGACGAGAAGUUAAGCCACCGAUAUUAAUUGAUGGAGUAAAACAAAUUACAGAGAAGGCAUCUGUCGCUGAAAAGAAAUUUAUCACUCCGGGGAAAACCUAUAAUUGGUGUUCUUAACUUCUCAGAAUAAAGCUAACUAUUAGUGUUAUGUUACAAACAUACUGAUGUCUAUAUAACAUUGUUCAAUUAGUUUGCUUAGCUAUUGUAUAUAGAAAAUAAAUUAAAUUGCUUUCAUUUA